CCCAGCCCAGCUCUUGUUUUUUCCCCUCAAGACUAUAUCAAUUCACAUAGGUAUUUUUACUCACAAUGUACGGCGGCGGCUACGGACAACAGUCAUACUUUGACCAGCAGAUGCAGCGGAUGAUGGAGCAGAAGCAGCUCAAGGACUUUAUGCGCAUGUACUCGAAUCUCGUGUCGCGGUGCUUCGACGACUGCGUGGUGGACUUUACGUCGAACAAGCUGAACGACAAGGAGCUGACGUGCGUCAACCGCUGCACGCUGAAGAACAUGAAGCUGAACGAGCGGAUCGGCCAGCGGUUCGCCGAGGAGAACGCCAAGCUGAUGGAGGACCAGGCGCGUAUGGGCCAGUGAAGGAUUUUGAGUAGAUAAUGGCCAAUUAAAAAUCUGCGCUUUCAAAAAUAUCACAUUUUCCACUA